CAGUUAAUACGUCAUAUUUGUCGUUCUGAAACUUAUUAAUCUGUCGUCUUUCUUCAGACAGUCAGAGCGAUCCCAAGAACUUCCCAGAAGACAACGGAGCACUUUUCUCCAACCACUGAGAACUGAAACACUUGAACACGACUUGAGUACAAUGGCCCAACGCACUGAAACACGCAGCAGUGCAUGCAGAGCUGCAUUCCCAUCUGUGGAAAGCAACCGUCCAAAACCAGACGAAGCUGAAAAACUGAAAGAGAAGAUAAAACAGCUUCAAGAGAGGAACCAGAGGCUUCAGCAAGACCAACUGCUGUAUGAGAGAGAAAUCUCAAGACUCCAGAGGAACAACCAGAGUCUUUCCUCUAAACUCAGGACCAUUGAACAGGAGCUGCAGACCCAGAGAGACCAGGUAACGGCCCUGGAGAAAAGGGCAUGUCUGCAGAGAUUCUCCAGACACAUAGAGCUCCAAGCACGUCUGGACCAAGCCAGAAAAGAGGCAGCAGAACAGCAACUGCUACUUCAGCUGAAGCACGAAAAUCUUCAGGGGGAUUUUCAAACACUCCUGUCAGAGAAGGAGGCCCUUCUGGAGGAGAACCAACGGCUGCAGCAAGAAAGUAGCCAGAUCCUGGAGGAGAAGGAGGACCUCUUGCUGGAAAGAGAUGUGCUGCUCAAGACCAAAGACGGAGUGGACAAAAAGGUCAGAUUGCUGAUGGCCGAUAAAGUCCAAGUAGAAGCUGCACUAGAGGCUGAAAGAAACAACAACGCCAAGUCUAGCCAGCUGCAGCAAGAGGAAAUCCAACGACUCCAGGCUUCGGUGGCUGGUCUCUCUGCGCUCCUCUGCGCAUUUCAGGAGGAACAUGGCAAAGAGGCCGUAGAGAGACUGGACCUACAGCAGCAGAAGAUCACGCUGCAGCAAGAAAAGGUCCACCUCCUGAACAAACAGAACGAACUGCAGAAAGAGAAUGAAGCCAUGCAGGAGUUGCUGACGAAAAAGAAGACGGGAUGCUUCAGCUUCCUGAGAAGGACCAAGAAGCCUGGGCCAAACAUUGAGCAGAACCCAAGCAAAGACGGAGAGCAGAGAGCAGAGCAGAAAGACAAGACAAAGAACAAAGAACACAAAGAUGACAAGACUGAAAGGAAGAAAGGUGGCUGGAGCUGGUGGCACAAGAAGAAGUGAGGCGGCUGGUUAUAAGCUGACAGCCAGCCUAAUGUCUCCUCCUUUCUCCCCCUUCUCCUCACCUUUUUUCCCCUCUGCUCUCACUCCUGCUUCUGCCCUCAUCCCUCUCUAUAUUUUCACACCUCUCUAUUUCACCUCUAGCCUCUAUCUUCCUUUUCUACUCUCACACCUCUCUAUCUUUUCACACCUCUCUAUCCUUCCCACUCUCUCUAUCCCCCUCUUAAUAAUAAAACUAAAAAAAAAAAAAAAAUGAACAAUGACUUGGAAUUUUAACAUUUUCAAAAUGACAAAUAUGUUCCUAAAUGACAUAAACCUGUCCAGAAGGAUGCGAAAAAAGGGUGCAACAUAACAAAUACUGUAUGAAAUGGUUUUAAAACUGUCCAAAAUGUGUCUGAAAUGAAUCACAGUGUCUUAAACUUGUCUCAGGUAACAAAGACUUGUCCAAAAUACAAUGAAAGUUGUUUAAAAUAAUGACCCAAUAAUUGUCCAUAAUUAUUUGAAACUGGUCCAAAAUGACACCAGAUUUGUUCAACAUGAAAUUAACUCAAAAUGAUAUAGGACACUUGAUAGAGUUUAGAAAUAAUUUUCAAAUUUUAAAGAUUACUUUUCAAGUAUUUAUUGCUGUUUAAGUCAAUUAUUUUUGUGUCAUUUCUACUUUUAUUUGUCAUAUCUGUUUAUUAUCCACUGAUGAACAUAAAGUUGCUUUUCAUUCUUUGCUUUAAUGCAAUUACCAGAUUGCAAUUAUCAGACAUCCAGAGCUGCCUGAAACACUUAGAAGCCAUUUAAAUGGUGGAGUUGUGGACAUUCAAGUGUGUGGCUACAGCCUGAACUGACAUGCCAGCAUCCAUCACACAAACAGCUCAAUCAAAGCGUCUUUCUUUUGUCUUCUGAAUACAACCACAUUUUACAGUCACUGGUUACUGGUCACACCAUCUUUAAUCCCAAACUGGCAUUAGGGUUAGAUUAGUGCUAGAUUGUUCAUAUUCUUCUGGAUGUACAGGUGACAAUAUUGCACAUUCUUUCAUGAGUAUAAAUACUGAUAUUUAAGUAUUAACACUGAGCAGAUUUGAUCCAUUUUGCACAGAUUGGUCCAUUAGGACCAAUGUGAUUAUUAUAGAAUGUCUGUGCACCUUAGGUGGUUUGAUACACCUGUUUUCCUCCUACCUGUCAGUCACUUUAAAUCACUUUAAACCACUGUGCCUUGAAAUGUGUAAAUAUUGUUGAGUGAAUUUUAAUUACAGUUGGUGUUCUAUAGAUUUUACAAUUAGAAGUGCUUUUAAUUUAAUUGUACAGCAACUUUUUGUCAGCGUAUAUACUAACCUUUAAUGCUAAUGUUACUAACCUGC